GAAGAUAGUGGUCAAAGCUGACCUCGUCGGCAAGACAUGCAUGAGGGAUAUCCUGUCAGUUGCUGCGACGCUCCAAGGGAUCAAGUCGAUGGACGUUGACGCCGAGAAGUGCACGCUGACGGUGGUCGGCACCGUCGACCCGGUGCGCAUCGCGCAGAAGCUCAAGAAGAAGUGCUUCUCCGUGAACAUCAUCAGCGUCGAAGACGACAAGCCCAAGCCCAAGCCCCCGGAACCGGAGAAGAAGAAGCCGCAGGACCCCUGCAAGGACGUGUGCGAGAACAAGUGCGACAAGAUCACCUGCUGCAAGGAGUGCAAGGACGAGUGCAAGGAGACGUGCGAGAGGCGGUGCAAGGCGUGGCUCGAGAGCGGCGGCUGCUGCACGCGCUGCGCCGUGCCCAGCUGCUACCCCUACUCCUCCUCCUACUGCUACCCAUACAGCGGGUGCAGCGGCGGUGGCAGCUGGCCCUGGCGCCCCUACGGCUGCUAG